GAAGAUAUGUUGCAAUUACGUCAGCGUGAAAAUAAUUCAAGCGAAAUGAAAUUUAAUUCAAUCAAUGAGUCAUCAAGAUUUCUAAAAAAUUCUUUUCGAAAUGAUUUUCUUGAAAAUUCAAACAGUUCAAAUUUUGAAACAGAAUGGAACUCUGAAAAAAUGUUUGGACCGUAUCCAAAGAGAAGGAAAUUAAAUGAAAACGUUAUGAGUUUAGAUCAAAAUUUUAAUUAUAAAGAUAAUAUUGUCGUUCCGGGUCUAUUUAAUUAUCAAAGAAACGAUUUAAAUUAUCUAGAACAAUCCGUAUCACAAAAAAAUACUGUGCAAAAAUUACGAUUAUCAGAUAUGGAAGAGUCAUCAAACGCAUAUGAAAAUAUGAUGAGCUUUUCUAAUACGCCUAAUCACAAUUAUAUGGAAGGGUUUGGAGCUUUCUUAAACGAGCGAUAUUGCGAAAAAGAAUUAAUGAGAAAUAAUGUUAUUGCUGAGUUGGAUAGUUUAAGAAGUUGUUUAAAUUAUAAGAUUGAAUAUGAAAGUGAUUCAUCUUCUUUUAUACCAUUUUUUAUGGUAUCUGUUGAGGUUGAUGGUAGAAAGUACAUUGGCGUUGGUCGCAGUAAAGAAAUCGCGAAAGCGGAGGCUGCAAAAAUGGCUUUAAAAUAUUUUCCUCACAAAUUUGACAAUUUCUUAAAAAGCGAGUUGUUAAAAACAAAUUUUCCAUACUGUGCCGAAAAUAAUAUCCGGAAUGUUUCAUUUAAAAAACUAGAAGAAAAAAAAAAUAAUACUGUUGAAUAUGAUGAAGAUCCUGUGAGUUUUCUAACUGGACUUGUUAAUGAUAUUCAUUUUCGCUGUAGGAAAAUUAUUGACACACGGAAUAUUUCUCUUUUUAAAAUGAUUGUUGAAGUAAACGAUCAUAGAUUCGAAGGAACUGGCAGAUCUAAAAAGCUUGCUAAGGUUGCCGCUGCCAAAGCUGCGCUUGCAUUUUUGGGAAUAUAUUGUAGUCCAGUAAAGCUGUGCAGGAGAAUGAAGGGAGUAGGUUAUUUAGAAUUACCCCAACGUAGUGCUGACGUGAUUGGCAACUUAGUACUUAGACAAUUUGAAACAAUAAUUAAGGGUAAAAACCUUCGUUAUAGACGCAAAGUUUUAUCAGGCGUUGUCAUGACAAAAAAUAUGAAUUUCGAUGAAGCGAAGGUGGUUUGUGUUUCAACGGGAACUAAAUGUUUAUCUGGGGAGAACAUUAACGCUAGUGGAAAUGUGUUAAAUGACUGUCAUGCCGAAAUAAUAUCGCGCAGGUGUUUAUUAAGUUUUUUUUACUUUGAGCUAGAAAAACAUUUGAAUCCCCUAACUGUCAAACAGUCUAUAUUUGAAAAUAAUGAAGGUAAUGCAAAUUUUCCUUUUAAGCUGCGCGAUGGAAUACAAUUCCAUUUAUAUAUAAGUACCGCACCAUGCGGAGAUGCAGUAAUAUUGAAUCCACAUUCAGACGUAAUCAAAAGGGGACAAUUACGUUAUAAGGUAGAAGCAACACAAGGAACAAUUGCCGUAACUAAAUCUGAUACAAUUCAAACUUGGGACGGAGUUUUAAAAGGAGAAUUACUUCGAACAAUGUCUUGUUCUGAUAAGAUUGCUCGUUGGAAUACCUUAGGUUUUCAAGGUGCUUUACUGGCAAACUUCAUUGGUCCGAUAUAUUUAAAUUCAAUAGUUUUGGGCAGUUUACUUUUCCCAGAGUCAAUGUUUCGAGCUGUAUGCGGUCGUAUUCAAAAAUCAAUACAACGUUUACCCUCACCGUAUACUUUGAAUACACCUCUUUUAGGUAUGGUUACAUCUGUUGAAAGUCGUAACUUAGCACCACCACCAAAUUCAUGUAUAAAUUGGACAAUUUGUGAUAACAAAAUUGAAAUUGUCAAUCCCAGAACUGGUAAAACAAAAGAUAACCAAGUCUCACGUUUGGCAAAAAUAUCAUUUUUCAGGAGAUAUUCAAAUAUAAUUAAAAAAUUGACAAAUAUAUUUCACAAACCAGAUUUUGAUUACAGCAAGACUAAAAAUUCUGCAAAAGAUUAUCAGUUUGUCAAAAAUAAACUUUUUAAAGCAUUUGAAAACGAAAACUUAGGUGUAUGGUUAAAAAAACCGAAAGAACAAGAUGAAUUUCAUUUUUCAGAUUAGUGAGAGUAGAAUCAGUUUGACGUAACAUGAAAAAUUGCAUGCAGUUUGAGAAUUGUGAUUAGUAUAAAAAUGAUAAACUAAAAUCGCUUCAAAUUUCAAAUUUUGCUUUUUUAAAUUUUUUUUUAUUAUAAAAAAAUAAAUAUGCAGCUGGUAGAAAUAUCAGGUAUGUAAAUACAAAUGUAGUAAAUAGAUAUUUUAAUUUCAUGAACGAAUAAUAUAUAAUCAAAAUAAAAAUAUAUUACAACUGA